CUGGGCUGGGGAGGGCACACAGGACACGAUUUCUGUUUGCAGAGCCUGAGACCUGCAGCGACUGCGGUGCCUUCCCCCGCUCCCCCGCCCCGUUCCUGACAUCCUGAGCGUGUCUGCAGGAACACAAUGAGCCCCUGAGGAGUGUGCAUGCACUCGCUGAGGAAACGGCUGCCGCCUUCCUCUGCACAGCCCAGCCCUGCACCCUGGAGCUUGCACACAGCACUGAGACGAUGGGCAUGUCUGCAGAGGAUGAGCACACCGUGAGCCCCAAAGAUGAGGAAUGGCCAGAAGCGGAGAAGGCUGAGAAGUUAGCAAGAGGAGCUGCUCUGAAAUGGGCUUCAGGGGUGUUUUACCGCCCCGAGAAACUGGAGGCGCUUGGGCAGUACCGGAGCCGAGAAACACAGAGGAACAGCUCCAUCCAGUCCCGGCUGAAGUCGACUGUUCAGUCCUACCUGGAGGGGGUGAGCACAGGGCUGGAGCAGCUGCGGUUGGCGGCCGAGGAGGUGCAGAACGUGUGCCAGGACCUGGGAGCUGCACGGUGGGCCCUGCUUGACAGUGCUGACUACUUCCAGGUCUUACAGCAGAUGCGGGCGUUGAUGGCAGAGCAUGUGCAAUUGGCCUCGGUGGUCAAGGUGCUGCCCCAGCUAUUCUCGGUCCAUGAGGUUUUUUCCCAUACCCUGCAGCUGCUCCAUGAGCAGCACCUCCUGGAGGCCCAUGCUGAGCUCAUGAUGUUGGAGCACCUCCGGGAUGACAUCCUCUUCCAGCUGCACCUCCGUGGGCUCUCCAGUGCCCAGGCCACCGUGCUGUCCUACUUCAGUGGCCUGCAGGAGCUCAAUGAGAGCCUGGCCAAGCAGCUGUGGGGCAUCGUGGGUCGGAGCCUUCAGCUGGUGCGGGAGGACCCAGUCCUCUUCGUCUCCGCUGUAAGGAUCAUCGAGCGGGAGGAGAAAAUCGAUGAUGCUCUGCUCCUGGAUGCCACCUUCCUGCCCCCUGGUCGCCCUAAGGGAUGGAGGCAGAAGUUUUACCACGUCUUCCAGGAGACCAUCACAGGAUCCCACUUCCACCCUGCCUGCGUGGACACUACAGGCCCAGGGCUGUCCAGACACCUGGCAGCACUGCAGAGGGAUGUUGUGGCUGAGCUGCAUGUGGUGAAGGACCUGAUGGUGCAGUGUGUUCCAGCUCACUACAACAUCCUCAGCAUCUGCACUGCCAUGUACCACCAGGCCCUCACCAGCCAUCUCCAGGACAUCCUCCAAGAGGACCUGGACAAACAGGCGCUUUUCCUCCUCCUUGAGUGGGUGCUCCAUGUGUACCACAGCCCAGAGAUGAUGAGUCACCCUGGCCUUCUCCCAGAAGUGGAUGUUUCAGCUCUGGGCCCCUUGAUCUCUCCUGACCUUGUGGAUCAGACAGAGAGGAAAUAUGUGGUGAAACUCAAGGCCAGCAUGCUUGAGUGGAUGCAGAGAACCCUGGAGGUGGAGUUCAAGGAGUGGUUCAGGGAGGAAGAACCUGAGGCAGAUCACCAGGGCUUCUUCCAGUCAGCCCUGCCCGUCAUUAUCAUGCAGAUGCUGCAUGAGAAUAUCCGAGUGGCCUCCCUGAUCACAGGCUCUCUGCAGCAGAAGGUCUACAGCAUGGCUAUGGAGGAGCUCGAGGCAUUUCUGGGCCGUCUGCGGGAAGCCCUGGUGCAGUGUGGGAAGGAGCACCAGAAGGACCGUACCGUACCCAAGUACUACGUGCCCUACCUGCUCGCUGUGCUCAACAACAACCUGGCUCUCAGCUCCUCUGUCCCGUCUCUGCACCUUGAUACUGCCCACAGCGAAGUCCCUGUGUCCCUCCGGGCCGCUCUAGACAGAACACAGAGGAAAGCGUGCCAGCUGCUGCUGGAGGAGCUGCUCCUGGACCUGCAGCCUCUGUGCACACAGCUGCCUUCCCGCAAGUGGCUCUCGGGGUCCCAGGUGGUCAGCAGCAUGUGCGAAGUGAUAGACAAGUAUGCAAAGGACUUCUCCCACGUCAGGAAACCCAUCUUCAUGCUCCUGCUGAUGGAGAGCGAGCGCCUGGUGACAAGCCAGUACCUGUGGGCACUCAUGCAGAAGAAGAUGGUGUGCAGAACCGAGGAGGAGCGAGGCCAGCUCUGCGACCGCUUGCUGCAAGAUGCCACACAGCUGCGGGAGCUCUUCCAUGGCCUGGGCCUGGACAAGAGCCAGCAGAGCCUCGAGGCUGUGUUUGCCCUGCGUGAGCUGAUCUGCCUCAAGGACCCAGCACUGCUCAGCCUGGAGGUGCUGGGCUUCAUCACCAAGUACCCUGACAUCAGCGAUGAGCAUGUCUCCACCUUGCUGGAUCUCCGGGGUGACGUCUCCAAGGAGGUGCGACACAUGGUGUUGGAAAUGAUGGCGCAGCACCCCCAGGCCCUGCCCGAGAGCUACCAGCCCAUCUUCAGCAUAAUCGUGGUCCCUGCACCAGAGCUGCCCUUCUGCCUUCGCAAGGGCAAGUGUGCCUGAUGUGGGGGGCACCCCAGCCUGCUCCCCUGCCUCCCUAGAUGUACAGACCAAGCAGGACAACUAUGAAGCUGUAUGUGGGGCAGAAUGGAGAUGCCAUGUGGCAUCCCCCAUGCACGCCACGUGGGCCUGGGUUGGCGACAACCUGAACACAUGCCCUGCUCCUGUGGGCUUGCCUCGCUGAGCCUGCUUUCACCACUACCUCCCCCUCCCCCUCCCCUGGCCAAGCACCAGUGUCAGUAGACCUGGAGCAGGAGAUGAUCAACCUAUAAGUCUUUUGCUGACCUGCUGAGGCAGUAAUUUGGGUCUGGUCAGGGCUAGCCUAGUGCAGGAGAAAAGUAAGCAGCAGAGGAAAGGAAGAGAGACCGCAAGUGGGGUGAACAGUGACCGUGGGGGCUGCAGAGAUUUUUGGGUUUCCCUGAGUAUCCAGCCAGCCAUCUGAGGUAGGGAAUGUCCUGGCCUUUGACUCUGUUAUCAUUCUGGCUCAAGGAUGAGCUGGAGCCCUGCUAGACCCAGGCUUGCAGGAGAGUUUUAGCCAUGUGAGGACUUCUGUUCCCUACCGCUUGGCUCAGCCCAGAGGUUGGUUCUCCCUUCCCUGUUGCACCAGCCCAGGCCCUGCAUGGAAUCAGGGCUGGGGGCGGGGGGCAGGGGGGACAUGUUAGCCAGGUCAUCAUCACUCACAGCCCCAGAGUGGAGCGGGCACAGUGGUGUCCCACCCUGUGCAGUGCUGCCAACACCAUCCCUGCCAGUGCAAAGGGACAGCUCUCUCUGAGCUCCAGGCACCCUGCCCAACUUCUGGCCCCUGCCCUCUCUAGCAGCCAAGAGAGCACUGGAGUCCAAGACUCUCCAGGGUCUUGGAGAACAUUUACCAAGUUGCACCUAGUUUGUUGCGUAACCUCCUAUCCCUGCAUCCUCAACCAUGGGCAGCACCACCUAGCCUCUGGCUCGCCCUCUCUCCUCUACCGCUGUACACACCUUGGCCAUCUCCUCCCCAGCUGCCAUGCAACAUUCAGGGGCAAAGUGUCUGUGCAUUCUGCUCCCUCCGGAUGGGCUGUACAGCCCUGCUCUGCCAUUGCCUCCUGCCCUGUGCUGUGCCUGGACUGCACCCCUGUCCCCGGCCCUCAUAGCACCUGGGGCAGCAGGAGAACUGAGCUUUCUUGCCAGGCCUCCGUGCUCUACUGUGCUUCCUGCCUCUCUGUGGGACUGACCUCGCUAUCCCUGUACUGUGCCACUGCUGGAAAUAAAGGGCUGAACUCUGCAAUCACUCACUAGCAUCUGGACUCUGUUUCUCAGUGGACCAGGGCAGGGACUGGGCUCUGUGGGCGACAUGAAGGGUGGAGAAUCC